AUGAUAGCAAAUCAAACAUCAUCUUUAAAUUCCGUGGGACUGGACAGUCGUAUUUUAAAAGGUAUACAUUCUAAACUACGAUGGCAAGUUUUGACAAAAUAUGUUGCCUUGGAUCAUUCUCAUUGGAAAAUACAUUUGGAACGCACUUCGGCGUACAUAUUACUAAUACAAUCACAAGAAGAUUUUGAAGAAAACUUAUUGCUUCUCCAAAACUUGCCAACAUGGAACCCCGAAGCAUAUUUUAUUAUACUGUUUAUUGAUACUGAUAAUUUUCUAGAUAAUAUAGUGAUAUACGUGAUGCAAAAACUUUGGAGUUUAUAUGUGAUCAAUUGUGUGAUACUGAUGCCCGACGAUUAUGAUAUUCAUACCUUUAAUAUUGUCACUUGGUUUCCUUAUGAGAAUGGAAGUUGCGGUGAUGAAUUGUUUAAUUAUACUGUUAUAAAUCAUUGUGUGGAUGGCAAAAUGAAAUACGAGGAAAAUUUAUUUCCGGUCAAAAUACCCAAUGAUAUGCUCGCAUGCCCCAUCAAAGUUAUAGCGAUCAUUUGGCCGCCUUUUGUACUCCCAGUUAAUGACUUCGAAGUAGAGGAUGAUGUGGACAUACCAUUCACUAAUGGGUAUGAAGUAUUAUUGUUGCAGGUCUUGGAAAAGUAUUACAAUUGCAGAUUUGUGUUUCGAUCGUUUUCAGUUCAUGAAAACUGGGGAAUUGUGAGUGAUAAUGGAACAUGCACUGGAAUGUACGAGUAUCUUUAUCAACGGAAAGCAGAUAUUGCAAUUGGCGGAAAUUUUCCUGAAUCUUCUAUUCAUAAAUACUUUGAUUACUCAACACAUUAUCUUCAAGAUCCGCAAGUAUUUGUGUUACCAUUGGCAGGUCUUGCACCUGGAUGGAUAAAUUUUUAUAAUAUUUUACCACCAUUUGUGUUCCUUGCUUCUACAAGUGCUCUUGUUAUUGCAUCAGUAUUAUUUUUCCUAUUAGCUAAACAUAGUAAUGAUUAUUCAUUAUUUAAAACUAUGAUUGGAUCCAUUUUGACUUUGUAUUCACUUGCAUUAACAAACUUUAUGGGCAAAUUUCCUAAAUAUUAUGCCUUGAGAAUGCUACUUGUAUUUUGGUUCGGUUUGAAUGUGAAUUUGUAUGCGAUAUUUCAAAUUGGUCUCAUUAAUACCUACACAUUUCCUUUACAAGAAUAUCAAAUUUCAAGUGAAGACGAAAUAGUGCAAAGCGGUCUUGCCGUAGUAGGUAUUGAUACUACAUUAUUCGUAUUUUCACAUAGCAACGAUUCAAAUUCUAAAUAUAUUGUGGAUCAUUUUAAAGAACUACCAGCGAAACGGUCCUUGGAAUAUAUUGCUGAUUUUAAAAAUGUGACAACUUUUACGAGCCAACUAUUUCUAUCCUAUGUUUCGGAGGAUUUAUUACGUAAAGUUUAUGUAUCUAACGAACCCGUAAUAACUUUCCCAAUAGAAAUGUUAUAUGUGAAAGGAUUUCCUUUCAAGACUAAUUUUGAUCGUGUCAUAUCUACAUGUGUUGCAGCGGGAUUAUUUGGAAAAUGGAAAUUACAAGUUCACGAAUCAAACACCGUUAAUGAAACUGAAAUAUUGGACGAUGAGAUUAAAAUCAGAAUAACAUUGAGUGAAAUUAGUGGAGCAUUUGUGUUGUUAGUCAUAGGCUAUGUAAUAGCUAUAAUUGUUUUUAUAGUUGAAGUAAGUCAUAGCAAAAGAAUGAAAAUGCAAAAAUUGUCAAGAAGAUUUAUGCGCGUUAACCUGAGGAAUUUUAAACACAUAAAUACAAUAUGA